CGUCGCACGCUACGCGUCUUUUGAACCCUUUGACUUGAACCCCAUCAUUCUGAUAACACCAACCAAAUACUAAUAUACUACCUUGCGUCAUGUCAGGCGAACCGGAGUCUUCAGUGGCGGUACCGGCACCUUAUUACAUUUCCAAAUCGAAAAUAUGUGCGAAUAGCAAAGGCGAGAGCAUCGGUAACGGUAUGUUCGCUAAUCGAAGAUUUGGUGCGGGCGAAGAAAUUGCAGCCUUCAAGCGACCUCUUGUUGGGUCAUUGGAGACUGAACGGCUCCUCGACACCUGUGCAAAUUGCUACCUCUGGACUGAAGGUUCAUCAACUGGAACGAGGCUGUAUGUACCGGAAGGUGCAAAAGUGAACAAGUGUGCUGCAUGCCAGAGAUUCCACUACUGUAGCAAGGCAUGCCAAAAAGACGCAUGGAACCGGGGACAUAAGCAUGAAUGCAAGAUAUUGAAGCCAAUGGCUGGUAGACACCUGCCUAAAGCCUUCCUUGCAUGUAUGGAACUACUUGUCAGGCGAAAGCACGGCCUGAUUUCCGAUGAAGAAUGGGAGCUGCUUUGUCGCUUACCCUCGCACAUUGAUGACUUCAAGUGCAACGGAACCUAUGAGAACAUCGAGCUCAUGGCUAUGGGCGCUGGUCAAUUCUCGUUAUCACAAAACCUCUUCGACAAGGACUUUGUCGCAGCGAUGUAUGGCCGAGUCAUGUCAAACGCUCUGACACUGAUUACGCCUACAUUAGAUCCUCUCGGCAUCAUGAUCGACCCCACACUCUGCCAUUUGAAUCACUCCUGUGACCCGAACGCAUACAUUAUGAUGGACGGUCCGCAAGUAAGCAUUCGUACCCUCCGAUCCAUAAAAAAAGACAAAGAAAUCUACAUCUCGUACAUUGAUGCCACAAACCCCUACCACAAGCGGCAAGAAGAGCUUCAGUCGCGCUGGUUCUUCACCUGCCGCUGUGCGAAAUGUCAGGAAAAGGCUACUCUCCAGGAAGAUAACUGGCUAGUACCAGCAAACCCCCAAUUUGCCUUGAGUAGAGACGAGAUCGCAGCGAUGUCAGAAAGCCAGGAGAAAACGUUUGGUCUAUAUACGCAACUCCAGGGGAUGGAUAACUCCGUGCCCGUUAUCGAGGCGCUCAAGGAAACCAUCAAGAUUUGUCACGAGUCAAGGUUUUGGCCGAUUUAUCGACAACCGUAUGCUGCAGUUCGCGACGACUUGAUUGUAAAUCUGCUCUCCACGGGGGAGUACCAGGAGGCAUGGGCACAAUGUGCAAAGCGAUACAGAUAUAUUCUCCCGAAGCUCUACCCAGUUCCAUUUCACCCAGUCCGGGUAGUUCAAACAUGGCAGAUGGCGAUGUUGGCCGCAUAUCUAGCAAGCACUGAAGAAGGUGUUGGUGCACCGGAGGUGAACAUGGGUCUCAUCGCCAUGAUGCUGGUAAAGCAGGUACUGGAUGUAGCGCAUCUCAGCCAUGGGCCGGCUAAUGCAUUCACGAAGAGUGUGAAGGCCAAAGCAGAAGAGAUGAUAGAAGAGCUGAAGAGGAGUAUCGGCAACCCGAACAGUGACGUCAUGAACAGGGAGCUUGAAGUCCAGAGAGACAGGCUGAUGGAUAUGGGGGACUGGGCUCAGGAUGGCAAGCUACUGGAAGAGUUGAAGACGAUACCAUUGCACGAGAAAGGUUUCAGUGUAUGAAGUAUAAUCAAUUAGUCAAGAGAUCGGAGCUGUCUCAACCGUCUGAUAUCCAUCGCUGCAUAGCCUUCGAUAAUGACAGUUUGUAGUCUCCCCUUCACCAUACACCAGGUUUUUUCCACUUCCUCAAU